AUGCUUGGAAUGUGCCCCAGCGUGUCUGCCUGUCCUGAACCCCACACCCACGAGGACCAGAACUGCCACAUUCAUCUAAGCAAACUGGACAACCGGUCGACCGACUCCUUCACGUGCUUUCGCCUACCGCCCACUCCUAACGAUUCGUCCAAGGCGUCAGUCAAUAUCAAUGGGAAUGUGCCGCUCAAGGGACCAUGCCGGUCGCAUCAUCGGUGUCGAAUUCACCCCCACGCACAUGUUCACCCGUACGGGCCCUACUCCGCCUAUUCCCGCCAGUCCCGAUCGAGCGUGAGUUCACAGCUGAUGUCCAGUCCGGGCGAGACGCCCCCGCCGUUGGAGGGUGGUGCCUCGUCCGUAUUGACCAGUCCUGGGUUCUCUUCCGUUGACGGGGAAGUCUAUGUUUGCAAAUGGACUGCCACGAGCCAUGGUGUCAAGAGAUCGUGCGGAGCGACAUUUGCCGAUCCUUGUGCGCUCCAGGAGCAUCUGGUUGCAAACCAUAUGGGGACUGUGGAAGGAGCAAAGGGUACCGGCUACUAUUGCUGUUGGGAAGGAUGCCAUCGCCCUGAUGAGCCUUUUUCCCAAAAGUCGAAACUCCAGGGACAUUUCCUGACGCACAGUAACUAUAAAAACUUCAAAUGUUCGGUUUGUGGCAAGCUGUUUGCUCGGCAAGCGACGCUGGAGCGACACGAACGAAGCCAUCGAGGCGAGAAGCCGUACAAGUGUACCGAAUGUGGCAAGUCAUUCACCGACAGCAGUGAAUUAAAAACGCAUUCACGGACGCAUACGGGCGAGAAGCCGUUCAAGUGCACAUUUCCCGGAUGCAACUUUCAGACAGGCGAUUCGUCCAACAUGUCGAGUCAUCGACUAACUCACGGAGAACGAAAACACAAAUGCAAUUAUCCUGGAUGCAGCAAAAGCUUUACUCGGCCUGACCAAUUGAAACGGCAUAUGCGCACGACACACAAAGCAGACAGCACGGCCUUCCCAUCACCGUCACCGCUCCCCGACCAAUUCGCAUUCCCCCUUGGCACUGUUUGA